CGAGGGCCCGGCUCAGAAGCGGCAGGGGCGCGAGGAUCCGCCUUCCCAGCCCGCGGUGCUGAAGGGUAAAGUCCCGCGCCGGGGCGGGGCAGGCCCCGGCCGCCCAGUUCCUGAUAAGCGGUGCCGGGGACUGGCGGCGCCAAGGGCAAGGAGACCGCGGGCAGUGCAGGAUGGGCCCGCGCAGAGCGGCGAGCCUGCUCCAAGGCCCCGGCCUGUCGCCGCCGCCGCCGCUGCUGCUGCUCUUGCUGCUGCUACCACAGCCUGGCCGGGGUGCCGAGGCCGGCCGGCCGCCCCACCUGGUCUUCGUGCUGGCGGACGACCUGGGCUGGAACGACGUAGGCUUCCACGGCUCGCGCAUCCGCACGCCGAACCUGGACGCGCUGGUGGCCGGCGGGGUGCUCCUGGACAACUACUACACGCAGCCGCUGUGCACGCCAUCGCGGAGCCAGCUGCUCACCGGCCGCUACCAGAUACACACGGGUUUACAGCACCAAAUAAUCUGGGUUUGUCAGCCCAGCUGUGUUCCUCUGGAUGAAAAACUCCUUCCUCAGCUUCUGAAAGAAGCAGGCUAUACCACCCAUAUGGUCGGAAAAUGGCACCUGGGAAUGUACCGGAAAGAAUGCCUUCCAACCCGUCGUGGAUUUGAUACCUACUUCGGAUAUCUCCUAGGCAGCGAAGAUUACUACUCUCAUGAGCGUUGUACCUUAAUCGAGGCUUUGAACGUCACACGAUGUGCUCUUGAUUUUCGAGAUGGUGAAGAAGUUGCAACAGGAUAUAAAAAUAUGUAUUCAACCAACGUAUUUACCCAAAGGGCUACAGCCCUCAUAAAUAACCAUCCUCCAGAGAAGCCUCUGUUUCUCUACCUUGCUCUCCAGUCUGUCCACGAGCCCCUUCAGGUGCCUGAAGAAUACCUGAAGCCAUAUGACUUUAUCCAGGAUAAGAACAGGCAUCACUACGCGGGAAUGGUGUCCCUUAUGGAUGAAGCAGUAGGAAAUGUCACUGCAGCCUUAAAAAACCAUGGACUCUGGAACAACACAGUGUUCAUCUUUUCCACCGAUAACGGAGGACAGACCCUGGCAGGGGGCAAUAACUGGCCCCUUCGAGGAAGAAAAUGGAGCCUGUGGGAAGGAGGCAUUCGAGGGGUGGGCUUCGUGGCCAGCCCCUUGCUGAAACAGAAGGGCGUGAAGAACCGGGAGCUCAUCCACAUCUCCGACUGGCUGCCCACCCUCGUGAAUCUGGCUGGGGGACACACCAAUGGCACAAAGCCUCUGGACGGCUUUGACGUGUGGAAAACCAUCAGUGAAGGAAGCCCAUCCCCAAGAGUGGAGCUGCUGCAUAACAUCGACCCGCAAUUUGUAGACUUCUCUCCAUGUCCAGGAAGCAGCAUGGCUCCAGCAAAGGAUGAUUCUUCUCUUCCCAAAUAUUCAACCUUUAACACAUCUAUCCAUGCUGCCAUUAGACUAGGAAAUUGGAAACUCCUCACAGGCUUCCCAGGCUGUGGUUCCUGGAUCCCCCCACCAUCUCAACACAAUGUUUCUGAAAUACCCUCAUCGGACCCACCAAGCAAGACCCUGUGGCUCUUUGAUAUUGAUCAGGACCCGGAAGAAAGACAUGACCUGUCCAGAGAACAUCCCCACGUGGUCAGGAAGCUCCUUUCCCGCCUGCAUUUCUACCAGAAGCACUCAGUGCCUGUGUAUUUCCCAGCGCAAGACCCCCGCUGCGAUCCCAAGGGCACUGGCGCAUGGGGUCCCUGGAUGUAGCAUUUCAGGGAGGUUGGAAAGCAUUUCUGUUGCAAACUGGACCUCAAUUCUUGACUCAUGUAGCCCUUUGUCUCACUUGUCCUCCCACUCUGGGUUCACCUGGCCCUUCUCAUGCUCUAAACCACACCAGGGAGUCCAGUUUCAACCCUAGUGCAUUUAAGAAGCUGAUAAAAUCUGGAAUGCUCCUGCCAUUGGCUGGAGCUUGUGUCUGCAAGCAGGGGUGGCUGAGUUCAUCCGCUCUUGCUAAGCUCUGGGACAGCUGGGAACUUGACAGGGGAAGUUCUCAUUGAGUCCUAGGGGCUGGAGCAGCUGGCUCUUGUUGCCUCGCAAGUCAGACAUUAGAUUUCCCUCUGCCAAUAACCAGUUUUAUUGGAGUGACUCACAUUUCUUGUAACGAAUGAAGGGAGCAGACAAUUGUUAAUGGUUCUGUUGGCCGGGAGUUCUCUGUCUGUGAGAGACUGUGCUUAGGCCUUCCAUGUGAAUGACCUCCCUCGGCUCACCCCUCACUUACUCAUCUCAGCACCAGCCUGAGGCCCACUUCACUAAGGUCAACACCACAAAAUACCAACACCUUGGUUUUGGUUUUUACAACAAAGAAAUUUUUUUUAAUCCUAAUUUUUUUCCCCAGCCAUUGCUCAUUCUGUCUAAACUUCCUGUUAUCUCCAACUGUGACUCUACCUGCCAUUCCUUUUGACUUCAGUGUCCUGUGGGAAGGCCACUUUGCCUGAGACCUGCCUUCCUUCCAUUUCUAAUGCUGAAGCCAGAGCCCUGCUCAGAGAAGGUGGCUGGGUUGCUCUGUAAUCAUGGGCAACCCAAGAGGAGCCAGGUGGAAGAUGCAUGGGUCCAUGGCAUCUGUCUGCUAAGGGUUUCUCCUGAGUUGCAUGGAGGUCGUCAUCAAUAUUGUGGCUUCAACUCCUGAUAUAUAACAAGUUGUACUGCUAUUCCUGAGCAGUAAGGAAAGACUUCUAUUACUAACUGCUCUGUAUUAUAUUGAAGUAAGAUUACUGGAAGGAUAUGGUGCUAGAACUGAUGGCAUUUAUUACCUUUACCCAACUCCUGGGUUGACAAACACCCGGCCAAAUGUCCCCUGUAGCCCCGAAGCCUGUGGCAGAAGUAUAAACUAACUGAGCCUGAAUGUUACUCCUGCACCCUUCCAGCCCCAGGGCUGUAGGUAGCUGUUAGUGUCCUAAGAUUGGAGACUUCCACUAUUUGACACCUGUCUGUUCUCCCUAUUGUACCCUUAAAAGCUGUCCCCAAUUCCAUUUCCUUGUUUGCUGUGUAUCCUGGGGAUUUUCUAUAAUCAAUGGGUUUAAAGAGUUUUAAAGAAUACUUUUAAAAAUCUAUCAUUCAAGAUUUUGUUUUAUCCAUUAUUGACUCUAUCUCAUUAGACUGAUUCUAUGCAAGAUGAAAAGAUUCAUGUUGUUAUAAAAAUAUCCAUGUUAUUUCUUUCCAAAUUUGUUUACCUUUAAAGAAGAUUUUGUUUAUUUAAUUGUGAGCUUUUCUUUGUGACUACAUGAUUCUUCCAGAUUUAGUGGGUAAAAUAAAAAUAACCAUUUUAAAAAUAUGUCAGUCAUGGAUAUGGGACUCCUUGGGAUAAUGAAAAAGUUCUGCAACUUGGUAGCAGUGAUGGCUGCACAUCGUGCGCUCACUCAGAGCCACUGAGCUGUAUACUUCAACAUGGUGAAAAUGGCAAAUUUCAUGUGAUGAAGACCUUAUCACAGUUUUUUAAACUUGAAAAUUUUAUAGUAUGCGAAUCUUAUCUCAAUAAAUCUGUUACAUAAAUAAAUAUACCAGAAUUAUCACAGUGAAAAAAAAAAAAUGUGUCAGACUUUGCCCUAGGAUUAUACAUCGUAAAGUAAGGUAUUAGAGGUGGAGCAAAAACAAAGCACUAAUGGAGUGUACUCAUUUUCUAUGACUGUGUAGCAAAUUAUCCCAAAACUUACAGCUUAAAACAAAAAGUUUGUUAUUUCACACAUGAGAUGAGAGGGUCAGAAAUCUGGGAGUAGUUGAGCUGGGUGGUUCUGACUCCUGGUCUCUCUGACUCAGUGGUUAAGACGUUGAGCAGGGCUGUGGUCAUCUGAAGACUUGAGUGGGGUUGAAGGCUCUACUUCUGAGAUGACUCACCAGGGUCUUGGCUGCAGGCCUCAGUCCCUUGAUACAUGGGCAUCUCCAUAGACUGCCUAAAUGUCCUCAGAUGGGCAGAUAACU